AUGCCCAAAAAGAACUAUGUCCCUAAAAUCCAUCUCCAAAUCAUCUUUCCCAAUUGUGUUAACAUAAUCAUCUCAUUGUCCAGUAAGGAAUUAAAUGCCUAUUCCAAAGCUGGGGCUGUCGCAGAAGAAGUCUUGUCAUCAGUUCGAACAGUUGUAGCCUUUGGGGCCCAGGAAAAAGAAAUUCAAAGGUAUACACAGAAUCUAAAAGAUGCAAAGGAUAUUGGCAUAAAAAAGGCUAUAGCUCCAAAACUCUCUUUUGGUGCGGUGUACUUCUUUAUGAAUGGAACCUAUGGACUUGCUUUUUGGUAUGGCACUUCCUUGAUUCUUAGUGGGGAACCUGGUUAUACCAUAAGAACUGUUCUUGCUAUAAGGUUUUUUAGUGUAAUCCAUAGUAGUUGCUGCAUUGGAACAGCAGCCCCUAGCUUUGAAACCUUCACUAUAGCCAGAGGAGCCGCCUUUAAUAUUUUCCAAGUUAUUGAUAAGAUUCUGAAGGGCCUGAAUCUCAAAAUUAAGUCUGGAGAGACAGUAGCCUUGGCUGACCCCAAGGGCAGUGGGAAGAGUACCACAGUGCAGCUUCUGCAGAGGUUAUAUGAUCCUGACAACAGCUUUAUCACAGUAGAUGGGAAUGACAUCAGAACUUAAAAUGUGCAGUAUUAUCGUGAACAUAUUGGAGUGGUCAUCCAAGAGCCUGUUUUGUUUGGGACCACCAUUAAUAACAAUAUUAAAUAUGGAUGAGAUGGUGUGAGUGAUGAAGAGAUUGAGAAAGCAUCCAAGGAAGCAAAUGCUUAUGAUUUUAUAAUGGAGUUUCCCAACAAAUUUAAUACCUUGGUAGGAGAAAAAGGAGCAUGAAUAAGUGGAAGACAGAAACAGAGAACUGCAAUUGCUUGCGCUUUGAUUCGAAACCCAAAGAUCCUGAUCUUAGAUGAGGCUACAUCUGCCCUAGAUACAGAAAGUGAAUCAGUUGUUCAAGCUGCACUGGAGAAGGCAAGCAAAGGUCGAACUACAAUAGUCAUAGCACACCAAAUUUCCACUAUUCGAAGUGCAGAUCUGAUUGUGACCAUAAAAGAUGGGAUGGUGGUGGAAAAAGGAACACAUGCUGAGCUAAUAGCAAAACAAGAUCUAUAUUAUUCGCUUGCAAGGUCACAGGAUAUUAAAAAAGCUGAUGAAGAGAUGGGAUCAAUGGCAUAUUCUACUGAAAAAACUACCAACUCAGUUUCUCUGUGCUCCAUGAGUAACAUCAAGUCAGACUUUACUGACAAGUCUGAGGAAUCCAUCCAAUAUAAAGAGGCAAGUCUUCCUGAAGUUUCUCUGUUAAAAAUUUUUUAAUUAAACAAGUCUGAAUGGCUUUCUGUGGUUCUGGGGACAUUGACUUCCAUUGUAAAUGGAACUGUUCAUCCAGUAUUUUCCAUCAUCUUUGCAAAACUCAAUACUAUGUUUGAAAAUGAUGACAAAACCACAUUAAAGCACGAUGCAUAAAUUUAUUACAUGAUAUUUGUCAUUUUGGGUGUUAUUUGCUUUGUCAGUUAUUUCAUUCAGCAAUUAUUUUAUGGCAGAGCAGGGGAAAUUUUAACCACAAUAUUAAGACAUUUAGCAUUUAAAGCCAUGUUAUAUUAUCAGGAUAUUUCCUGGUUUGAUGAUAAGGAAAACAACACAGGAGCCUUGACAACAAUUUUAGCCAUAGAUAUAGCGCAAACCCAAGGAGCAACAGGCUCAAGGGUUGGUGUCUUAACAAAAAAUGCCACUAACAUGGGAGUUUCAGUUAUCAUUUCCUUCAUAUAUGAAUGGGAGAUGGCACUCUUGAUUCUGAGUAUUGCUCCAGUACUUGCUCUGAGAGGAAUGAUUGAAACCACAGCUAUGACUGGAUUUGACAACAAGGAUAAGCAAGAAUUUUAAUGUGCUGGGAAGGUAGCAACUGAAGCUGUGGAAAAUAUUCAGACUAUAGUGUCAUUAGCAAGAGAAAAAGCCUUUGAGCAAACAUAUGAGGAGAUGCUUCAGACACAGCACAGAAAUACCAUGAAGAAAGCACAGAUCGUCAGAAGCUGUUAUGCAUUCAGCCAUGCUUGUGUAUAUUUUGCCUAUGCAGUGGGGUUUCGAUUUGGAGCCUAUUUAAUUCAAGCUGGACAAAUGACCUCAGAGGGCAUGUUCAUAGUUUUUACCGCAAUUGCAUAUGGAGCUAUGGCCACUGGAGAAACACUUGUUUUGGUACCUGAGUAUUCAAGAGCCAAAUCUGGGGCUGCACAUCUGUUUGCUUUGUUGGAAAAGAAACCAGAUAUAGACAGCGAUAGUCGAGAAGGGAAAACACCAGUGGUUCAGCACGCCCUUGAUAAGGCCAGCCAGGGGAGGACUUGCCGAGUGGUUGCUCACAGACUCUCCAUGAUACAGAAUGCAGAUUUGAUAGUAGUUCUGCAAAAUGGAAAAAUAAAGGAACAGGGAACACAUCAAGAGUUCCUGAGAAAUCAAGGUAUGUAUUUUAAACUAGUAAAUGCACAGUCAGUGCAGUGA